AUGGCGGAUAUGAUGUCCGAGUGUAUGGACAGUGAGUCGACAUCGGCUUUCUCUCCAGCCGAUCCAUCGAUCGAUUCACUCUUUUUCUCGAAACACAAUCUAAGCGUUGAGACUUAUCAGAUUUUCAAAAACGAUGUCGACGUUCUUUUGUCCGGAAAAGCGGCACUCGCCGAGCAACCAAUGUUCAUUCAGAAAAUCAUUCGCACUUGUCAUGAAAUGUUGGCCACUUACGAGGACGAGAAGGCGUAUUUGAUGAGUGAUGUGCUUUGCACAUGGGCGAUGAGACAACAAAAAGUUUCCAUUGGCACUUUGUGGACCCAACAACUCCACUACAAUCAACUUGAAACAAUCCAUCAGGAAUUCGAGUAUUUUGGUGAAGUUUUACAACACACAAUCUCUGGUCUUGAAUAUCUCAUUCAAUUCUUCCCCGCACAAGGAUUUGAAGACAUGCACGCAAAGUUCAAGCAAAUGGCUCAUUACUUUCUCUAUUACUCGAUAAUUGUUGCCCGACAACCGCCGAGUGUCAUUGUUAAAUGUGGAGAAGCCGAGAAUCAUCGGAGGAGUCGAUUCUGGUUUAAUACGGAAAUUCGAGUCCUUGGCGGACGAGCUUUCGGCUUGGAAACGACGGGCAGCGGAAUCGAGGUUCAGUGCUACUUGAUCACCGAUGAAACGGCGAAACAAUUGCUCAACAAUGCCUAUUUUGAAAUUUUCGAGAGCGAGGAAUUCUCGAUCGAGCCACCCACAGCCAAUUUCCAUGUGAAAGAGCACCGGGGACUCAAGGCGAAAUUCGAUGAUAUGAGAAUCUCGAAAAAAGUGCAACUUCGUCGAGAAUCAGUGGCCACUAAGCGCUAUUGUCUUUGCUAUAAUAUUCGUCUAAAGACAAGUUGUGGAAUUGAUCUUGUUGGGAAAAAGGUCUCAUUACCGUUUGCUGUUUUGGUCGGUCCGAAGAGUGAUGUCGAAGCGAAACUGUUUCUCGAGAGAUCUUUUGCUGAUUUGGUACGCCAACCGCUAAGCGAAAUCCCUGGCCACGUUUCAGCACUAGAAAUGGCUGAUCAAUUGGAGAUGAAAUUCCAGGCAAUUGUCGAAACCCCACAAAAAUCUACUGAUGGUCCAGCGAUCAUUCAACCAAGAAUGUUCACCUCACAAGCAAAAGAACAUAUCAUAAAAAGACUCAAGCCUUCUCCACAAGGAUACAUUGCAAUUGAUAACUUUAUGAAGCUUCCGGUGGCUGAAGAGUUUCAACAAAAGAAAACGAACACUACAGAAGGAGACUGGAAACUGGUCCCUUUCUUUGAUUGGUUCUUCAAGCUUGCUGAGACUGUAAACAAAUAUUUAUACCAUAUGUGGUUUGAUGGAUUGAUCUAUGGAUUUUGUGGGAAAGAAGAGGCAGAACAACUCUUGCGAAGUGUGCCUAGAAGUGUUUUGCUUGUUCGUUUUUCUGAUAUCGAGCAGGGGAAAGUGAAAAUAUCCGUGAAAAACUCGCUAGGAGAAAUGAGACAUCACUGGUAUGAACAUUCUGACUUGAAUGCUCGUCCAUUAUCGAAAGAACUUCUUUCAAAUCCGAAAUUCUCCGAUAUCGAGCUCAUCUAUCCGGAUAUCGAUUUAGAGGUGGCUCUUGGUGGACGACAAAAGCCGCGAAGAAAUCUCCCGAAACACCUUCAACCAAACGACAUCUACUUUGACAAUCAAGGCGCUGCCACAUCAGCUUUU